CCUACCAUUUCUCUUCCGACCCUCUUCCUCGCUUAUUCCCACCCUCUUCCCUUCCAUCUUCCUUAUUUUCUGCAUCUUCAAAUUUGUAUCACAUACUCCUCUUAAAAAUUAUUUUACACCAAAUAUUGUUUGGUGAGAUCUAUAAGAAAUAAUUAAAAUGGCAAGUACACCUGAAAAGAAGAGAUCAAGCUUCCCCCCAAAAAGAGGGCAAAUCAAAGCCGAAAUAUUUAACGGCUUAGCGAGCUCCGUGGUGUCCACGGUGUCCAAGGUGGGGGAAUCGCUUCGAAACGUGAUUGGAAACGGUGGCACCUCACCAUCUUCUUCCUCUACUUCUACCCCACCACCAAGUGCCUACAAUUCUGAGGGCAACAACGACGAUGUCUCCUAAGACCACUAUUACAACAUCUCAUUCUACAUAUACCUGUGCUUUAUACCAAUGUUUUUGCUGGUUGAGCAAACCACACUUUUAUUUGGUUUUCUCUUUUAUUUUAUAAAUUAAUGGUCUUGUUAAGUUUUUAUAUAAACAGUAGGUCUUGCCGGAACUCUGCUAGUUUAGUCUGUCUUCACAUAUUUUAGAAAUAGAUCGAGGACCUGGCAUCUUCUAUAUUAUCUUUAGGACCCUUGUUGUAACCCCUUUUCUUCCCUUUAAGGUUUAACGUUAUCAUAUAUGUGUUUUACCUUGUAUAUGAAAUAUGUACUACUACAGUUUGUGUUGUUAUAUGAUCCAAAAGGAUAAAUUAUUUUUGUUGGUU